AUGGAAGGGUUGGCGGUUCAACUCCCACGCUUCCUCCCAUUCCCGCUUCCUAAAUAUCCCAUACUGAUUUCUACUUCCAAUUCCACCUCCACCGGAUUCAUUUCUCUUAAACAACUACAACUAUCUCCACGUUGUCGUCGUUUUCCCUUUUGUUCAUCAUCAUCGCAUUCCCAGCCUCAAGCCGAACAACUCACCGUGCUCGCAGCUGAGAAUGAUAACUGUGUCACUGGAGAUUCAAUACGCCAAAGAUUUCUCGCUUUUUAUGCUUCCCGUGGUCACAAGCUCCUUCCUAGUGCUUCUCUAGUCCCAGAUGACCCCACUGUUCUCCUCACUAUCGCCGGAAUGCUUCAAUUCAAACCCAUCUUCCUUGGAAAGGUUCCCAGACAAUUCCCUCGUGCUACUACUGCACAAAGGUGCAUUCGUACUAAUGAUAUCAACAACGUUGGCCAAACCUCCCGACAUCAUACCUUCUUUGAGAUGCUUGGAAACUUCAGCUUUGGUGAUUACUUUAAAAAACAAGCUAUUCAAUGGGCAUGGGACCUAUCUACCGUUGAGUUUCGUUUGCCUCCAGACAGAUUAUGGAUUAGUGUUUAUCAAGAUGAUGAUGAAACUUUUCAGUUAUGGUCUCAACAGGUUGGUGUCCCCGUUGAGCGAAUUAAGAGGUUGGGUGAGGAUGACAAUUUUUGGACCAGUGGAGCCACAGGUCCCUGCGGUCCAUGCUCCGAAAUUUAUUAUGAUUUUCAUCCUGAGAGGGGAUAUGACGAUGCCGAUCUUGGGGAUGAUACACGGUUUAUAGAGUUCUACAAUCUAGUAUUCAUGCAAUACAACAAAAAAGAAGAUGGUUCUCUUGAACCACUAAAGCAGAUGAACAUAGAUACCGGCCUCGGUCUCGAGCGCAUGGCUCGCAUUCUUCAAAAGGUUCCAAACAACUAUGAAACUGACUUGAUUCUCCCCAUUAUAGAGAAGGCAUCUGAAUUAGCAAAUGUUUCAUAUGGAGUUUCUGAUGAUCAGACCAAGAGGUAUUUGAAAAUUGUAGGAGAUCACAUGCGUGCAAUUGUGUUUCUCAUAUCCGAUGGUGUUGUCCCAUCCAAUGUUGGAAGAGGUUAUGUUGUUCGACGACUUAUCAGAAGGGUUGUUCGCACAAGCAGGUUGCUUGGUAUAAAAGGGGAUGGUAGAGGAGACCUUGAAGGAGCAUUUUUACCUAUUAUUGCCGAGAAAGUAGUAGAAUUAAGUACGCACAUUGAUGCUGAUGUGAAGAACAGAGCACCCCGUAUCCUUGAGGAGUUGAAGAGAGAAGAGCUUCGGUUUGUUCAGACGCUUGAGAGAGGAGAAAAGUUGCUUGAGGAAAAGCUUGCUGAUGCUAUAUCAAGUGCUGCAAGAAAUGGCACUGUACCUUGCUUGGCUGGUGAAGAUGUGUUUAUUUUGUAUGAUACUUUUGGUUUUCCAAUGGAAAUAACAAAAGAAGUGGCUGAAGAACGUGGUGUGAGUAUUGACAUGGAUGGUUUUGAUAUUGAGAUGGAGAAGCAAAGGCGGCAGUCUCAAGCCGCCCACAAUACUGUCAAGCUUGCCAUUGGAAGUGGGACAAAUAUUGCAGACAAUAUACCUGACACUGAAUUUAUUGGAUAUGAUAGUCUUUAUUGUAAAGCCAUCAUAGCAAGCCUAGUGGUAAAUGGUGAUCCAGCUGUACGUGUUACUGAAGGGAGUAAUGUAGAAAUUUUGCUGAACAAGACUCCAUUUUAUGCUGAAUCUGGAGGACAAAUUGGAGAUCAUGGUUUUCUAUAUAUUUCAGAGGGUGAGAAUCAACCUAAAGCUGUUGUGGAAAUAAUAGAUGUUCAGAAGUCUUUUGGUAAUAUAUUUGUUCACAAGGGCACAGUCCAUAAGGGUGUUGUUGAGGUUGGCAAACAAGUGGAAGCAACAGUAGAUGUUAAGUUGAGGCAACGAGCUCAGGUUCAUCAUACUGCUACUCAUUUACUACAAGCUGCACUUAAAAAAGUCAUUGGUCAGGAGACCUCUCAAGCUGGUUCUUUGGUGGCUUUUGAUCGUCUCAGGUUUGAUUUCAACUUCCACCGUCCACUUAUUGACAGCGAGCUUGUAGAAAUUGAAGUGCUGAUCAACGGAUGGGUUGAGGAUGCAAUUCUCCUUCAGACCAAAGUGAUGCCCAUUGCUGAUGCAAAAAGGGAAGGAGCAAUUGCAAUGUUUGGAGAAAAGUAUGGUGAAGAGGUACGUGUCGUGGACGUUCCUGGAGUAUCAAUGGAACUUUGUGGUGGAACUCAUGUCAGUAAUACUUCUGAAAUUCGUGGUUUUAAAAUAAUUUCAGAGCAGGGUAUUGCAUCUGGUGUCAGGCGAAUAGAAGCUGUAGCUGGGGAAGCUUUCAUUGAAUAUGUCAAUGCCCGGGAUUCUUAUCUGAAACAGUUAUGUUCAACUCUCAAAGUGAAACCUGAAGAAGUAACUGCAAGGAUAGAAAACCUUUUAGAGGAGUUACGGGCAGCAAGAAACGAAAACUCGGCUGUGCGCGCAAAAGCAGCAGUCUACAAAGCUUCAGUUAUUGCAAGCAAAGCGUUUCUCGUGGGGAAUUCAAACCAGUACAGGAUACUAGUUGAGUGCUUGGAUGAUGUUGAUGCGGAGUCGCUCAAAAGUGCUGCAGAAUAUUUAAUGGAAACAUUAGCAGAUCCAGCUGCUAUUGUCCUGGGCUCGUGUCCAGGUGAAGGGAAGGUUAGUCUAGUGGCUGCUUUUACUCCAGGGGUGGUUGACCAGGGGAUUCAGGCAGGUAAAUUUAUCGGACAAAUAGCAAAAUUGUGUGGUGGCGGAGGAGGUGGAAGGCCCAAUUUUGCUCAGGCUGGUGGGAGGAAGCCUGAAAAUUUGACUGCUGCUCUCGAGAAGGCUAAAUCCGAGCUUAUAGCUAAUCUUAGUGAAAAAGGGAACUGA